AUGGUUACAGUGAGAAUUGUUAUCAAUGUUGCUGCUUCCAAGGGUUGGCCAUUGUUUCAAAUGGAUGUCAAUAAGGCCUAUCUCCAAGGUGACCUCACUGAAAGUCUAUAUGGAUUUACCUCUAGCUCACAUGAUCAUUCACUCUUUACCAAGAAAUAUGGCAAGAACAUUGUGAUCAUCCUGGUGUAUGUGGAUGAUUUGUUGAAAUUGGGAAUUCUCACAAAUCCUAAACAAUCACAUUUGGAUGCAGUCUUGAGGGAGGUGAGAUACAACAAGGGAUCUCCAUGCUUAGGUAUAUUGCUGAAGAAAGGUGAGACAAACAACUUAACAGUGUUUUGUGACUCAGAUUGGGCAGUUUUCACAAAUACUAGAAGGUCGACCAUAGGAUACAUUGUCAAACUAGGAGACUUCUUGUUGUCCUGGAAGUCCAAGAAGCAACAAACAAGCAGCAGAAGCUUAGCAUAA